AUGACGCCGAAAAUAGUUGUUCAGCCGACGCCCAAACCUCUCGAAGGUGACGUAUCAACUAAAUACCAUCUUUUUGGUUGGCGAAACCGUCGAUUUCAUGGUAUACUAAGUCAACCGUUGUUUGCUUAUAUUAUCCUGUGCAUUUGUAAUUUUAUUCAAAAUUUUACUGUCAAUGGUGCAAACAAUGCUGUCAUAUCAACGUUGGAGCGUGUGUUUUAUCUCGACAGUGUUCAAUCGGGUCUUUUCUUAGCUUUGUAUGAUGUGGCAACAGUAUUUUCUUCUCCAUUAGUCGGCUACUUGGGUGGCCGAUAUUCAUCGCCAAUAUUUUUCUCAUUAAAUAUGAUCAUCGUUGGUGUGGGGAAUAUGUUAAUUGCAUCGAGCAAUUUCGUUCAGCGAGAAACUACUCACUAUACGACUACCAGUGGUCAAACAAUAUCAUCGUAUAACAACGUUCUCUUUCAAUGCACUAAAGAUCCAUUUAAUGAAUUCAAUAUUACAGAUAUUUCAUGUUUACGACAGGAGCGUUUAGCGAAUACAGCGAAAACAGCAAAAUUACUGUUGUAUUUGGGAAAUUUUGUGAAUGGAAUCGGUAGUGUGGCAUUGUUUACCAUUGGUGUUGCAUAUAUUGAAAGGAUUUUUCCACGAGGAAAAGCGGCUUAUUGUCAAGGAAUUUAUUUUGCUGUAGGCACUGUUGGAGGUGCGCUUGGCAUUGUAGCAACCGGUCGGUUUUUAUUAAUUUAUACGAAAUUAUCUAUGGUAUCACGAUUGCCGCACUGGCUAACGCCAAAUCAUCCAUUAUGGGUCGGAUGUUGGUGGUUGCCAUAUUUUAUUUACGGUGGAUGUUCUUUACUUAUCGGCUUAUUUGUAUCUGGCCUGCCGAACUUUGAAAAGCCAGGUGAAAAACACCUAGCAGGUGGAACGGUAGAAACCAAUCCCAAUCCUACAAAUCUAGCUAUUCAGCGUCAAGACAGUCCGACAAGUAUUUCUAUGCUUAGCUCAUGUCCACCCACUCCUGCUAAUUAUACCACGUCUUCAAAUUCACUUUCGAAUGACAUCCAUCCAUCUGAAACUAGUUUACCUGCAUUGAAACCAUUAACAUCCGAAUAUAUUCUGUCAAAUCGAAGAGUACAUCAGUUGAGUCCCCUCGAGCCUAGGCCAACAAGUGCGUCGUCGUUAGCGAUUAAUACUACCAACGGAGGUGUUAUAAAUCAUGGAUAUUCCACAGAAUCUUUACCUAUUCAGAUGUCACCCGCUGAUAUGACACCAUCAACACUGACACCAACACUAUCGACGGUCACUGAAUCAUCGACAUCAACUGUCGAACGAACUCUCGCGGAGAAUUGUCGACGGAUGUGUUCCGUUAUUCGUGACUUGUUGACAAAUACUCGUUAUGUUGCAAUCAUUAUCGCCAGUUUAUUCGAAGGAAUUUUAAUUAAGGGAUUUGUACCAUUUAUAACCAAGUAUUUCGAAUAUCAACAUCAACUAGAUACAUCUACUGCUACAUUGCUAACCGGUGCCAUCGCAUUACUAUCAGUAGUCAUCGGCUGUCCAAUAGGUGCCUAUUGCAUGAAUAAAUUCUCUUGGACGCCGAUGCGAUGUGCUCGUGUUUGUGGCAUAGUCUUUAGCGUAUCAGCAUUCCUAUUUCUAUUCUUGAUACUCUCCUGUCCGGAAUUAAAAUUUGAAUAUUCAACUUGCUCAAAUGUAAACUCAGCUUGUUGUCGUAAUAUCUACUAUCCAGGUAAGUCUUUAGCACUACAGUCAACUUCGUCACAUUCAUCCAUUGAUUUAGUCUGUAUGGAAACUAACCCUCAUCGAAUGUUCUUAUCACCUUGUCAUUUCGGUUGCACUAACCAAACGGUAUUUUCAACCAACAAUACCAGUGUGUACAAUACAUGCAAUUGUGCAGGCGAUGACGCAAUUACAUUGACUGAGACAGCUUGUCGCUUUCGACGAAUACCUUGCGCAUGGAUUUUCGGUUUGACGAUGACGGGUGCUGCAUUCGUCGUAUUUUUUACAGCAUUUAUUCAAGUUCCACUCUUACAAGUGCUUCUCUACAGUGUUCCACUUCACUAUCAAAGUAUGGCACUUGGCGUUCGACAAACAAUCGUUCGCGUCUUAGGUCAAACAACAGGUCCACUGCUAUUCGGUUUUGUUUUCGAUGAGUCGUGUUUAUUUUGGUUGACCGACUGUUAUUCGCGACGAACGUGUAAAGUCUAUAACAAUCGUCGUAUGGGCAUGUCGAUGGCUUUAUCGGGUUUUUCUACACGACUUAUAUCGGGUAUUGCUUGUAUUGUUGUUUUUACUAAUUGGAAACUACGACAUUCUAAUGAAGUGAUCAUCCCUCCCAAUUCAGUAACGGCAGCUGCGAAUAAACCAGCAAAACAAACAGAAAACGGUCAAAGAGCUAACUUAUAA